CUUUUCUUUCUCUAUUCUGUCGUAUAGAUACCUGUGUACGGGCGGUCAUCGUUAAAGAUAUCCGUAUAAAUUAUUAAAUGAAGGUGCUAUAAGUGUUAUUUUUAUGAAAAGGCUGUAGGUUAUAUAUUGUUAAAUAAUGAUCUUGCUGGAGAUCAAUAAUAGAAUUAUAGAAGAGACUCUAACAGUUAAAUAUAAAAAUGCACUGGCGCGCUUAAAACCUGAAUCAAUUGAUGUGACUGUUGCGGACUUCGAUGGAGUGCUCUUUCAUAUAUCUAAUGUUAAUGGAGAUAAAACCAAAGUUAGGGUUAGUAUAUCAUUAAAGUUUUACAAGCAGUUAGAAGAACAUGGUGCAGAUGAACUGCUCAAAAGAGUAUAUGGACCUCUCCUCACUGAAACGGAAUCAGGCUACAAUGUGUCAGUGUUGCUGGAUAUGGAGAACAUCCCUGAGGACUGGGAGGAGAUUGUGAAGAGAGUUGGUCUGCUCAAGAGGAACUGCUUCGCGUCCGUGUUCGAGCGCUACUUCCGCUUGCAGGAGGACGGGGACGUCAGUCACAAGCGGGCCGUUAUCAACUAUCGCCAGGAUGAAACAUUAUAUGUGGAGGCUCAAGAGGACCGUGUGACUGUGGUGUUCUCCACCGUGUUCCGCCACGAGGACGACAUGGUCAUCGGGAAGGUGUUCAUGCAGGAGCUGAAGGAAGGCAGAAGAGCGUCACACACUGCGCCACAGGUUCUAUUUUCACACAAGGAGCCGCCACUAGAACUUCUUGAUACCGACGCCAAAGUUGGGGAAAAUAUAAGUUAUGUUACAUUUGUUCUGUUCCCGCGGCACACGUGCGCCGGCGCGCGCGACAACACCAUCGACCUGCUGCACAUGUUCCGCGACUACCUGCACUACCACAUCAAGUGCAGCAAGGUGUACGUGCACUCGCGCAUGCGCGCCAAGGCCGGCGACCUGCUCAAGGUGCUCAACCGCGCGCGCCCGCAGCCCGCCUCGCGCCCCAACGAACGCAAGACCAUCACGGGGAGAACGUUUAUUAGGCGAGAUUGAGUGUUGUUCGGGCGCGGGACGCAGCGGCGCCGCGCGCCUCGCCGCACACGAUACUCUACCUACUCCUGUCGACAUAAGAAUCAGAUUCCUCUCUCAGCAGAGAUAUUGUUGGAGUGCCGCGCUGUCCCACCCCAGGCCGCAAUGUGCGUAUCUCCUACCUAACAUGUAACCGUCAUUAUCUUGUACUUGGUGUUCAUUUUUAUCUAUUUAUUAUUGAAAAUUAUAUUCGUCACAAAGUACUUACAAAUGUAUUUGCCAAUAUUCAUAUUCGAAAACUGUUUGCCAAAUAUUGGAUAUGCUCAAUAUAUUGUUAGAUUAUGUUGCGGACGCGGGACGGAAUGUGCACACUGUAUGCAGAUAUUUAUUGUCGAGCUCUCGAGCCUAGCCUAGUGAAGUCAAUAAUGUUGCCGUAGUAUUUGUUGAUAAACAAAAUUAUGCUUUAUUAUUAUUAUUAUUAAUGAGAGUUCUAUUUAUAAUGAUGGCACAGCGUCGUUCGUGAUUCGGGUUCCUAAAUCUGUUGUGUACACUCUGUCAUGUAAAGCCUAGAGCACCAGCGGCCGUCACGAGUGGACCUUUCUAUUAGUUUAUUUACGUAAUUUUGUUGAUGUAAGUUACGCAAUACCGAUCCUCAUGUAGACUAAAAGUGUAUUAUAAAAUGUAGCCUAUACUGUUUCCAUUUACUAUGUUGUUGAGGUGCGCGAGGCGAGACAGGUUAUAUCAUGCACAAACUUACGAAUUAUUCAAUGGUUAUGUUAUACUGCACUGUACACCUCUCGUUUCAUUGCUCUAUGCAAUAAUGUGAACAAUAAUUAUUGUAAAACGUUUAUAUUAUGUUUCUAGGUAGGCCCCAUUCAAUUAUUAAUGUAAGCGGAAAGUGUAUAAAUAAUUCCCAAUAGAUAACUUCCAUAGAGAGACGGAGUGAAUCAUAAUGGCCUUAUUUAAAGAGAUCAGUUUGUUGUAGCGGCUGAGAGUAGUGUCGCUAGUUUAGCCCAACGUACGCUGCGUACCUAAUACUUAAACAUUAUAUCAUUCACUAUGUAUCUAGAUUCCAAUUUGCAUUUAUUUUAAUUUCGACUAUAAAGGUCUUCUCCAAAAAGUUUUGUAUUGUUAAAAAUUUUUUAUAAGUUUAAUGCUGCAAGUUUUCGGCGUACAAAAAUGAUGUGCUAAAAAACUCAGUGUAUUUCAAAGAGCUCACUUCUACUAUACGUAAAUUUCACCAGAUUUGAAAUAAAAUAUUGUUGACUGGUGUUAACAGAAUUGAAUUAUUCAUCUUAAAAAAAUAGUGAAUUUGGCAUGUAAAGUUUCUGUUUUUCUGGUGAGCUCUUUCCUUGCACUGGAUUUUCUUACACAAUGAGAUUGCGACUAAACUAGGAAGUCAUGGACUGAGAGAAUAUCAAGAGAAAUGUUUGGAAGUUCAAUGGAUAAAAUUCACUAAGUCAUACAUAUUAAUUAGGUGUAAUUGAAUCAUUAAAUGUCAUGACACAAUCGAGGAAAAGCAGUUUUAUGUUUUUAAUAUAAAACAUAACAUCAAGUAGUAACAAUUAUUUAAAAAAAUGUAGCUAACUUGAAUUUUAUGUAAUUUUUAUUUGCAAGAUGUAUUAUAAAAUGUAAGUUAAAAUGUUGUUUUAAAGUGAUCGCUUACUUGAUCAUUGUUUUUACUGACAGUUUUUAAUGCGAGAUUAUGCGAACUGUGCAAAUGUGAACGUUAUUUGUGAAUAUGUAAUUAAUUAUUCUUGUGAUCUAAAAUCCGUUUAUACUGUGUUUUUUUUAUUUUCUAGAUUAAAGAAGACAUUUUACUGCAACAAAAUAUUAAUUAUUUGACUCUUAAUACAGGUACACAUUACAA